AUGUCUGGCUCUAGGGCAUCCCCGAGUUCCCGCAGUCUCUUCUCAGUGAGAUCAAGCCGCACUGUUAAACUAAUUCCACAGGAGAUUGCUCGCAAAAAUGAGAUGGUUUCUAGAAAGCGAUCAGACCAGACAAUUCGCGGCUUGGAUCGUUUAGAUCUAUUAAGCACAUCUAUCUCCCAAAACAAGCCCACGGGAGAAUGGCAAAACGAGCAGUUAGAACUGCGGGAUGACACUGGGAGUGUGAUCAUCAAUAGAUCUCAAGAGGAUGGAGAUAUUCCACUAUCACCGAGUGUUUAUUCAAGGACAACAGAAGUGAGGUCCCCAUACAGACUGAAUGUUGACUCUUCAGACUCUGAUGAGGAAGAACCUGGUACUGUUACAAUUCUUGAUAGUCAGCGUCUCCCAUAUCCUCCUAGGCGUAGCAGUCAGGCUGCGAGAGGAAUCAGCAGCGACUGGAAAACAUGGAUGAACUCUCAAAUGGAUUUAAUUGAUGCUGCUACCCGUUCGGCAAGCUUAGCAAACCCUACUUACGCUUUUCCUGGACACUACCGAGAGCAUACCCAAAUUAAUGGCCCAAGCCCAGAGGAGCUGAAGCGCGCUUUACUAGCUCGUCGCAAGCAAUCAUCUCGCGAAGUACCAAGUCCCAACAGCACCGCCGGCGAAAGAUCUACCAAUGGUGAACCCAGGGCAAACAUAACAGCAGCACUCUCUAUACCAAACAAUAAUUUUUCACGCCCACUACGCAGUUCUCCAAAUGGCAAUCUGUCAGCAUGCAGCACGGUAGUGCGAAAACCAUCUAUAACGACCCCAGCAAUUCGUCACCCGUGUACUCCAUUGAUAUGUGAUAGUGAAAUGACUCCGUCGCCACUAUCGGUCCGAGCCAGGAGUAUGUCAAGGACACCAAUAACUGCCACUGUUCCUCCUCUACAGUACAAUAAAACACGGCCAGCCGGGGAGGGCGCUAUCUUGGAAGACUCCUCGCUUAUGAAUGGCGGCCAGUCUUCUCAAGGCCGAUCUGGGCCGUCAGUGUCCCCUAUAUGUCUGACUGAUGGUAAAAGUCUACUUCAGGAAAUCCAGUUCAAUUCCGUGCGCCCAAGGCGUGAGCAGACGAAUGGUACCAAAGAAAACAAAUGGGCUUCUGCUUCGUACCGCCAGAAUGGCCGUCCGAAUUAUGCGUCAAAACUCAAUGGCCUUCAUAGUACGAUUAGUACCAAGCGUAUGGUGGAUAUAUUUUUAAGUGAACGAAGUCAGCCGCCAAGGGGCAGUGCGGAUGAUAGUGCUCCUGAGCCAGCAUUUUUAUGA